CAUCCUUUCUGUAUCUGGUUUAAAAAAAAAAAAAAGGUAGAGCCUUUGUUUAAUAUCCUUUACCUUAAAAAUGGUUAAGUAAAGUACCACUUCCUUAGCCAAGAAUUGUUAUGUAGUAACCUGUUCUAUUUAUUUAUUUGUUUUUAAAAGUCAUAAAGAAUCCUGACCUGUAUUAAAGAGAUCUAGUAUUUUGGAACCCUUUAUAAAACAGUGUGAAAUAAAAGUAUCAGCAUGACGGAACAACUUUUUAUCAGAGAUCAUUGUAUACUUUGUACAACUGGGGAAGGAAAGUGCUCUUAGAAUCAUUUUUCCUAUAUAAUAUGACAAGAUUUGUGUCCCAAGAAAAAUCAAAAGUUCACGGUUCUCUUAUUUCUUUUAACUUGGUGCUGUUUAUUUCAAGCCAGAUUAAUUCAUAUCAUCCAUGUACGUGAAUGCCCUCCAAAUGCCUAGAUCUGUACUAGAUGCUGGGGGUGCCAAGAUACAAAGAAAAGAUCAUUUAGACUGGAGAACGAAAAGCCUCAGAAGGUUGUAGAAAACCACUAGGCCUGUUUCUGUGGCUUAUAUUUGUAUUAGCAUUUAACCUGUCUUCUUAAGAAAGCACAGUAAAGCUAAAACAUGAUAGUGCAUUUAUAUUAUGGUUUUAGGGGACUGGUGUCCUGAAGACCACUCAGGCUUCUUUGUGCAUGAAAUCUAACAGGUUUUUCUCUUUGCCCAAGCCUCCCUUUUUAUCUCUAAUGUUUUUCUCCCGUAUCAUUUUUUUUUCAAUCUAUUAAUUUAAAAUAUAUUUCAAGUGUAUUGGGUUUAUUACAUGCAGUAUAUAUUUUCCACAUAGAAGUUCUAAUGAGUAAGUGCUCUAUUUUAGGAGUUGAGGCAGGAGAGGAAAACAUUUUCCUUUCUAGUUAUAGUAUUAUAAAUUAGCUAUGAUAGACUCAUGGGAAAGUGGAAAUAAAAAAUAUUGGUUAUUACUAAAAAAACAAGAGGGAUGGUAAGAAAACAAAGGAGAGGGAUAAAUAGUUAUACCUUUCCAAAAAUUAUUCUCCCUAAUUUUGUGCUAAGGGUUUGACAUAUCAUGGGAAGGCAGUAUAGCACUGCCUUGUCUGGACUGUCUGCAUUCGAAUCCUGGCCAUGUCACUGUGUGAUCUUGGGUAAGUUACUUAAGCUUUCUGUGUCUCAGUUCCUAAUCUGUAAAGUGAAGAUAAGAGUACUUAAUUCAUAGAGUGAUAGAAUUAAAUGAGUGUGUGUUAAAUUAUAUAUACAUGAUAUAUACAUAUAUGUAUAUUACAUAAUGCAUAUUUGUAUCAUAAUAUAUACAUAUACAAUGUAAUGUUACAUUGUAUUAGUUGUAAUGAGUUAUAGUUUGUAAUACAACAUAUCACAUUGUGUUGUAUAAUAUAUACAUAUGUAAUAACUCAUUAGGACAAUGGCACAUUAUUAGCACUCACGAAGCUAUUAUUAAGAAUCAUUUAUAAAUGCUCUUUUCUUAGACUCCAUAGUCUUCCUUUUGCAUUGAACUGAAAACUGCUUUCAUGCCACAUUUUUAACUGAUUCUUUCCUUCAACUGCUUGGAGUAUUCAUGACAUUUAUAACCUUUGUACAUGAGUGAAAUUGAGCAGGCCUAGAAGACUUUAUUAAUGUUGGUUGCUAAGCUGGGUUGCUUCAAAACAUUUCUGCUGUAAGCACCCCUUUGAGGGGAGGCAUGAAACUGUCUUAAAGGAACUGAGGAAAUGCCUUGGCCAGAGUUGUGGUGGUGACUGACAUAAUUUUCUUACUUCUCAUUCCUUUGCACAGCCCAUUUGACAAUUUCCUUAAAACUUUUUAAACUUAUGAUGAGUAAAGCCAGGAACUGUUGCUUAUUUUCUGCCCUCCCUCUGCUCCUGUCACUAACUACUUCUUUAAACAUAACUUCCCAACUUCUACUCCAACAUCAAAGCAUCUGGCUUCUUAAGUAAACAGGCCCUGUAGAGAGGCCGUGUUGUAUGGGGUGUCAGCUCUGGGAAGAAUGCAUGUGUUUGUUUGCUGGCGUUGGCAGGGCUGAAUCCAAGCUGACAGGACUGAGUGUGCCUGUCAGAGGCUUUAGGGAGCUGCCGCUGAGGCCCUCUGUCUGUUGUUGUGGAUUGCCAGACCUUUGUAACACCCGGAAGUCUGAAGCAUGUGUUUGAUGAUCUCAGAGGCUCAGUAUCCUUGUCCUGGGUUGGAGAUAGCACUGGGGUCAUUCUAGUCUUGACUACCUUCCAUGUACCACUGGUAAUUAUGACUUUUGGACAGUCCAAGCUAUAUCGAAGUGAGGAUUAUGGAAAGAACUUUAAGGAUAUUACAAAUCUCAUCAAUAACACCUUUAUUCGAACUGAAUUUGGCAUGGCUAUUGGUCCUGAGAACUCUGGAAAGGUGGUAUUAACAGCAGAAGUAUCUGGAGGAAGUCGCGGAGGAAGAAUCUUCAGAUCAUCAGAUUUUGCGAAGAAUUUUGUGCAAACAGAUCUCCCUUUUCAUCCUCUCACUCAGAUGAUGUAUAGCCCUCAGAAUUCUGACUAUCUUUUAGCUCUCAGCACUGAAAAUGGCCUGUGGGUGUCCAAGAAUUUUGGGGGAAAAUGGGAAGAAAUCCACAAAGCAGUAUGUUUGGCCAAAUGGGGAUCAGACAGCACCAUCUUCUUUACCACAUAUGCGAAUGGCUCCUGCAAAGCUGACCUUGGGUCUCUGGAAUUAUGGAGAACUUCAGACUUGGGAAAAAGCUUCAAAACUAUUGGCGUGAAAAUCUACUCAUUUGGUCUUGGGGGACGUUUCCUUUUUGCUUCUGUGAUGGCUGAUAAGGAUACAACAAGAAGGAUCCACGUUUCAACAGAUCAAGGGGACACGUGGAGCAUGGCCCAACUCCCCUCUGUGGGACAGGAACAGUUCUAUUCUAUUCUGGCAGCGAAUGAUGACAUGGUAUUCAUGCAUGUAGAUGAACCUGGAGACACUGGGUUUGGCACAAUCUUUACCUCAGAUGAUCGAGGCAUUGUCUAUUCCAAGUCUUUGGACCGACAUCUCUACACUACGACAGGCGGAGAGACGGACUUUACCAACGUGACCUCCCUCCGAGGCGUCUACAUAACAAGCGUACUCUCCGAAGAUAAUUCUAUCCAGACCAUGAUUACUUUUGACCAAGGAGGAAGGUGGAAGCACCUGAGGAAGCCUGAAAACAGUGAAUGUGAUGCCACAGCAAAAAACAAGAAUGAGUGCAGCCUUCAUAUUCAUGCUUCAUACAGCAUCUCCCAGAAACUGAAUGUUCCAAUGGCCCCACUCUCAGAGCCGAAUGCCGUAGGCAUUGUCAUUGCUCAUGGUAGCGUGGGGGAUGCCAUCUCAGUGAUGGUUCCAGAUGUGUACAUCUCAGAUGAUGGGGGCUACUCUUGGACAAAGAUGCUGGAAGGACCCCACUAUUACACCAUCCUGGAUUCUGGAGGCAUCAUUGUAGCCAUUGAGCACAGCAGCCGUCCUAUCAAUGUGAUUAAGUUCUCCACAGACGAAGGUCAAUGCUGGCAAACCUACACAUUCACCAGGGACCCCAUCUAUUUCACUGGCCUAGCUUCAGAACCUGGAGCUAGGUCCAUGAAUAUCAGCAUUUGGGGCUUCACAGAAUCUUUCCUGAGCAGCCAGUGGGUCUCCUACACCAUUGAUUUUAAAGAUAUCCUUGAAAGGAACUGUGAAGAGAAGGACUAUACCAUAUGGCUGGCACACUCCACAGACCCUGAAGAUUAUGAAGAUGGCUGCAUUUUGGGCUAUAAAGAACAGUUUCUGCGGCUACGCAAGUCAUCCGUGUGUCAGAAUGGUCGAGACUAUGUUGUGACCAAGCAGCCCUCCAUCUGCCUCUGUUCCCUGGAGGACUUUCUCUGUGAUUUUGGCUACUACCGUCCAGAAAAUGACUCCAAGUGUGUGGAGCAGCCGGAACUGAAGGGCCACGACCUGGAGUUUUGUCUGUACGGAAGAGAAGAACACCUAACAACAAAUGGGUACCGGAAAAUUCCAGGGGACAAAUGCCAGGGUGGGGUAAAUCCAGUUCGAGAAGUAAAAGACUUGAAAAAGAAAUGCACAAGCAACUUUUUGAGUCCGGAAAAGCAGAAUUCCAAGUCAAAUUCUGUUCCAAUUAUCCUGGCCAUCGUGGGAUUGAUGCUGGUCACAGUUGUAGCAGGAGUGCUCAUCGUGAAGAAAUAUGUCUGUGGGGGAAGAUUCCUGGUGCACCGAUACUCCGUGCUGCAGCAGCAUGCAGAGGCCAAUGGCGUGGACGGUGUGGAUGCUUUGGACACAGCCCCCCACACUAAUAAAAGUGGUUAUCAUGAUGACUCAGAUGAGGACCUCUUGGAAUAGCUCUUCAGAGGAGCUGGACCCGGCAUGGAUGGUGGAACCACAGUACCUCUUACACUCCCUGUGGCUCCAACUUCGGGGAAAUAAAUUUCCCAUUGCGAGGGACCCAGCUCUGUUUCUGCUGCUUCCAUCAAAGCCAAAAGGACCUACAUUAAAGAAAUGCAGGGUGGGGGUGGGGAACCCUGAGCACUUUUUUAUAAUUGGCUCUGAGAAUAGGGGAGACAUUUUAAAUUCUUUAACUACUUCUUUCCUGUCCUGUGUCUUUGCAAAGUGUGGGCUUUUGUAUUGUUUUUUAAGGGAAAUGAGAUGGAAUUUGAAGGGACCUUUUCACUUACCCCACUUGUGUGUGUUCUGCAUGGCGCCUGCCCCAGGGCAUCUGCCAACUCCAGCAUCAGCUCUCACAGUGUACUUGGUACCAUCCCUAGGCUCUGCUGGUGACACGAAGCAGCUAUAUAGAUGAAAACAGAGGCUGCAGAGGCUGGCACAGCCUGGCCGGCUUUUCUCCAUCUGGGACAGCCCUACUCCAAGAACACUGCACACCAGCUCCUCACACAGCUCCCACUUCCUUUUUUAUUUUCCAGAGACCACAGACCACAGUGAUUUUUCUUUUCCCCUUUUAAAUUAGGCAAUACUCUUGUUAAUUGCCCUUUGGCAACUAACUUAACCAUGUGAAUCCCACAUAGUAAAUCAGGAAAACUUACAGGGCAAUAUUUUUAACUUGGGGCCGGAAGAAGGGAACAGCAGAGAAUUGACUAGAUUUAGCACCUAUUAAAAGAGAAACUCUCGUUUCUUCUGAGAUCUUUCAAACUGUGCUUUGUGUGUGUGCCAGUGGACUUACCCAAGGACAGGGUACAGACUGGGCUGAAAGUCUGCCCAGGCUGAAUGAUCUCUUCCCUAGAGUUGAUUGUCGGGUGCACAGUGUGGCCCCCUGAAGAUGGAACCUCACAGUCUUCCAUGUUCCCUUUUCACCUGUCGUGUGGCUCAUUGCUGAAUCAUGACAGUGGAUGCAUAUCUGCUGCUUCUUAGAUUGCUGUUAUACACAGAACCAGGACUAGAGAUGUUUUCAGAUUUAUAGAUUUAAAAAAUUAGAAUUUUAUUACCAGGCUCUCCUCCUCACCCCUUUUUUCUGGCUUUACCAAGUAAUUUGUUGGGAUGAAAAUUUUGGAGGAACCAGUUGAAAACACACUUCCAGUCUAGAUGAUGCUUUGUGCGAUACAUUAAGUUCUUAUUUUGGAUUGAAAGAAGUUGUCCAUUUGAUAUUUUUCUAAAACAAAUUAUAGAAUGUGGUUGGGUGAAUUCUGGAGUGGUCAUAUACUAAUGGAAAGUUGCAAUAAUUUGUUUUAAUACAGCUUGAAUAUUUGCUAUAUAGGAAUAUAGUAUGGAAAGUUUUUGGUCGUAAUGUAGCUACUGUGCGGGUCCUAGUUUCUCCCAGUGAUUAUGAUUGGGACAUUCUUUGGUAGAUACCAUUUGCUGCUAGUUUAUUUUGUAGCUAGAAAGUCAGUUUUUU